GUGGCGAAACUACUCCAGUCAGCCUGAAAUGUGUUGUCACUUAAAAAUGGGGAAAUGAAGACAACGUCCACCCGGGCCGUCUUUCGCUACUCACCUACCCGGUUUUUAACGUUGAAGGACGAGUCCUCUCCUCGCCGUCAUGAUGUCAGAGGUGAACGACGACCACAACGUGACCGAGAACGGCGAGCCAUACAGAAACCCCACGGAAGUGAAGAUGAGUCAAAUAGUGCUGCCUUGCCAUUCCAACCACUGCGGCGAGCUGAGCGCUGGGCAGCUUCUCAAGUGGAUGGACUCCACUGCCUGCCUGUCAGCUGAGAGACAUGCCGGCUGCUCCUGUGUUACUGCGUCUGUAGAUGACAUCCAUUUUGAACACACCAUAGGGGUGGGAAAUGUAGUCACCAUCAUAGCAAAGGUCAACAGAGCUUUCACAUCCAGUAUGGAGGUUGGAAUAUCGGUGACAUGUGAGAACCUCUACACUGGCAGGCAUUGGAGGGUUUGUCAAGCCUGCGCCACCUUUGUGGCCAGGAGAACUGAAGCUGGGAAGGUCCAGCUAAAGCAGAUGACUCCCCGCACACAAAUGGAGCAGAUGGAGUACAGCCUGGCAGCAGAGCGGAGGAGGAUGAGGCUCAUCCACGCUGAGAUCAUCACAGACCUGCUGAGCAGCAGCACGGCUCAGCUGGGAGAUUGCCAGGAGUACCAGGAAGCCGUGCCUGCCGAGCGCACCCGAGUGGAGAGUGUGGAGCUGGUGCUUCCACCCCACGCCAACCACCAAGUCAGCACCUUCGGGGGCCAGAUCAUGGCCUGGAUGGAGAACGUAGCCACCAUUUCUGCAAGCCGCUUGUGUAACGCUCAUCCCACAUUGAGGAGCAUAGACAUGUUCCAUUUCCACGGGCCGUCUCACAUUGGUGACCGACUAGUGCUGAAAUCCAUUGUUAACAAUGCCUUCAAACACAGUUUGGAGGUGGGAGUGUGUGCUGAGGCCUAUCAGGGUGGAGAGCCUCAGCGCCAUAUAAAUAGUGCCUUUAUGAUCUUUGAGGUGCUUGACGGUGAUAGGAAACCAUGCACGCUGCCCCGGAUAAGACCCGAGCCUGUGGAUGGUAAAAGGCGUUAUCAAGAAGCCAUUGCCAGGAAGAAGAUACGCCUUGAUAGGAAAUAUAUCAUCUCCUGCAAGCAAACCGAGGUGCCACUGUCUGUACCCUGGGAUCCAAGUAACCAGAUGUAUUUGAGCUACAAUAAUGUAUCUGCACUAAAACUCAUGGACACCAGAAACAAUUGGGUGUUGACCUCAGAGAAAAAUAAAGUCAGACUGUACACGCUGGAGGAGAACCAGACGUUGUGUUUCAAAGUGGAAAUGUACGUCAGUGUCUCGGCCGAGCAGACGUUCCACCUGCUGUCAGAUCUCAGGAGGAGGAAAGAGUGGGACCGGCAUUAUGAGGAGUGUGAGGUGAUCAUGCAGGCGGACGAGGAAGACACCAUUUAUCGCAUCGCAACCCCCUCCAUCAGUAAAGGGGGCAAAGGCCAGGACUUUAUCUUGUUGGCAUCCUGUCGGAAACCAUGUGAUAUCAGGGACCCAUAUUUGAUAGCGCUGCGUUCUGUCACUUUGCCCACCCACCCUCCAACCGGAGACUACAACAGGGGAGAGGUGCUCUGCGCUGGCUUCACCAUCUGGGAAGAAAGCAGCAGCGUCACCAAGGUCACCUACUACAAUCAGGCCACACCGGGGGUUCUUCCCUACAUCUCUACAGACAUUGUUGGACUCUCCUCAUCUUUUUACAGUGCCUUUUCUGCCUGUAGUGACUUCCUAGAGGCGAACAAGGACAGCUUGCCUGCUUCAGUACUGCAGCUCAUUAGUACAACUGAUGUCCUUUCUCUACAAAAGGAACAAUAGAUAACCUCUCUGACUAUCCAUGGUCUGUUCUUAGAAUGAUGAUAGAUGACUUUUGACUAUUUUACCCAUAUUGUGUGACUAAGUAUGUGACAAUGAGUGGGCAUUUUCUCAAGGGCCAGGGAAAUGCAGUAUUUGGGUGUUUUUGUCCAAUAUGGGUGUAGGUUACUAUAGAAUUAACAGUUUUUAAGCAUGAGCGCGCAAUUCUUCUUGGAUUUAGCGCACCUGUGUGUUAUUAGGUCCGACUAAGUGUGACUUAUUUUGUGCAAUAAUAAUUUCUAAGCCACAUUUUCCUAAAUGGUGCAACGAGGUUGCAGAGUCAGACCAAUAUUUGCAAAGUGUCCUUCGAAUAUGCAAUAUAUAUUUGGUGUAUAUUGGGGUAGGUAAUUUUCAUGUUUUAAAGAUCAUAGGAUCAUGUGUUGUGUUUUGAUGUUUACUUUCAAUGGUCAAGUAUCUCCCAUGGCAGUUUGUGUUGAUUUAACUGGAACAAUAAAUAUUGAAGCAUC